GAAAAACAACACAAACUCGAACAAACACACCAGCAUACAUCACCGUCUUCUCCAACUCUCCCGCUAUGAAACUCAAACCUCAACACCACCACCACCGCCAUUAACCCAAACCACACAACAACCUUAACAACAUAAAAAACAACUACAAUGGCGGCCUUUACAGUCACGAAAUUCUCGGAGCUUCCACUGAGGAACUCACUUCCUCUGACUUCUCACUCUCACUCUCUCAACCUCCUCAUCUCCUCCUCUUCCCCAAACCCCUCCUUUCACAUUCUCAAGACCUUUUGCUCCGUCAAGACCACCGAGCGUUCUUCUUAUCCUUGGAAGGACCAAAACCCUAAGCCCUCCUCCUCCUCCUCCUCCUCCUCUCACAGACACAAACCUCCAUCCGCUCCGUGGCUCAACAAGUGGCCGCCGGUCGAAUCGUCCGACCGGAAAGUCGCCGAAUCAACCGACCGCGAUAGAACUGAUCGACCGGAUACCGUCGGGUAUGUGGACAGAGACCGAGGGCGUAAUGCCAUUGAGAGAAUUGUUCUUCGCUUACGGAAUUUAGGGCUUGGUUCGGACGAUGAGGAUGAAGAUGACAAGGAAGGCGAUAUUGGCUUGGAUGGUCAGGAUGCAAUGCCGGUGACAGGAGAGGAGAAGCUGGGGGAUCUGUUGCGAAGGGAGUGGAUUAGGCCAGAUUUUGUGUUGGAAGAGGAGGAGAGCAAGGACGAUUUAACAUUGCCAUGGGAGAGAGAAGAGGAGGAGAAAGGUGUAGACGAAGGGACGAGAGAGUUGAGGAAGAGAAGGGUGAACGCUCCAACUUUGGCUGAGUUGACGAUCGAGGACGAAGAGCUGAGGCGGUUGAGGAGAAUGGGGAUGUUUCUAAGAGACAGGAUCAGUGUGCCGAAAGCAGGGCUUACACAGGCGGUUCUUGAGAAGAUUCACGACAAGUGGAGGAAGGAGGAGUUGGUGAGGCUUAAGUUUCAUGAGGUGCUCGCACAUGAUAUGAAGACUGCACACGAGAUUGUUGAGCGUCGGACAGGAGGACUGGUUACGUGGAGGUCAGGAAGUGUUAUGGUUGUGUACCGUGGGAGUAACUAUGAAGGGCCUCCUAAAACCCAACCAGUUAAUAAGGAAAGAGAUGCUCUUUUUAUCCCAGAUGUUUCUUCUGCUGAAAAUUUCCUGACGAGAAGUGGCGAUAGUCUGACUUCAAAUGCUGAAAAGAGUGAGACGCCUGUGAGAAAUCCAGUCUCCGUUCAGAACAUGACAGAAGAGGAAGCUGAAUUUAACAGUCUACUGGAUGAUUUAGGUCCUCGCUUUGAUGAGUGGUGGGGUACAGGAGUAAUUCCGGUUGAUGCUGAUUUACUUCCCCCAAAGAUUCCCGGAUAUAAAACACCUUUUAGACUUCUUCCCACUGGAAUGAGAUCACGUCUGACCAAUGGAGAGAUGACUAAUUUGCGGAAAGUUGCCAAAUCACUUCCUAGUCAUUUUGCCCUUGGGAGAAAUAGAAAUCAUCAGGGGCUGGCAGCUGCCAUUAUCAAGCUUUGGGAGAAAAGUUUGGUUGCAAAGAUUGCUGUCAAACGAGGCAUCCAGAAUACAAACAACAAACUGAUGGCAGAGGAGCUAAAGAACUUAACAGGUGGUGUCUUACUGCUCAGAAACAAAUACUACAUUGUCAUAUACCGAGGAAAGGACUUUCUCCCAACAACUGUAGCUGCUACUUUGGCUGAAAGACAGAAAUUAGCAAAACAGGUUCAAGAUCUUGAAGAGCAAGUGCGGGUUCAAGAUAUCGAACAGAAAAUGCAAAAGAAAGCAGUGGAUUCAGUUCCAUCAGGUGAAGAGGAAGGGCAGGCACUUGCAGGUACAUUGGCUGAGUUUUAUGAGGCUCAAGCCAGAUGGGGAAGAGAAAUAACUUCUGAAGAACGUGAGAAAAUGAUAGAAGAAGCAGCCGUGGCUAAGCAUGCUAGACUCGUCAAACGAAUUGAGCAUAAAGCAGCUGUUGCCCAAGCGAAGAAGCUCAGAGCAGAGAAACUCUUGGCUAAGAUAGAAGCAUCCAUGGUUCCUGCAGGUCCUGAUUAUGAUCAGGAAACAAUUACUGAAGAGGAACGGGUUAUGUUUCGCAGGGUCGGUUUAAGAAUGAAAGCAUACUUGCCUCUUGGAAUACGUGGCGUCUUUGAUGGCGUCAUUGAGAACAUGCAUUUGCAUUGGAAACACAGAGAACUUGUUAAACUAAUAACAAAACAAAAAACCCUUGCGUUUGUGGAAGAUACAGCUAGAUUAUUGGAAUACGAGAGUGGGGGAAUUCUAGUGGCAAUAGAAAGGGUUCCCAAAGGAUUUGCUCUUAUUUACUACCGUGGAAAGAAUUAUCGGCGACCGAUUAGCCUGAGGCCAAGAAACCUUUUGACAAAGGCAAAAGCAUUAAAGCGUUCAGUGGCCAUGCAGCGCCAUGAGGCCCUCAGUCAGCACAUAUCAGAAUUGGAGACGACCAUAGAGCAAAUGCAAGAUAAGAUUGUUGCUUCCAAAUCUGGACAGGAUGAGGGUAGCUGGAGCACCGACGAGAACCUGAAUGAUAAUGUCUCAGAAUUCAUCCAAAGUGAGAAUGAUGAUGCAUUCGAAGAUUCAGAUUAUAAUGAUAGUGAUGAAGAGAUCAAUUGGGAAGAUGAAGAAGAUGAAGAGUAAAAGCAAGAUUUGGAAAGCACGAUUGCUUUUGCAGCGAGGAUGGUAGAUGACAGAAAGGACUUCAAUUGUUAGACAAAAAGACCAGAUCUGGUUUUACUUGCGUGACUGCUCCUUAUCCAAUUCUUUGAUUUGAUUAGUUAGCUCCGACUUUAUGGGAUGGACUCGGCAAUUUACUUCAAAGACGAACGCCAUAGAGAAUAAACUAGAAGAGGAAGCUUCUCGGAGUUCAUUAGAUGUUGGGAUGUGCGAUGAAAUUAGUAAAUCUUUGUAUUUAGAUAGGAUGGGGAUUAUUAUCUUCUUUUCGCAUGUGAAAGUAAACGCCAUGUAUUUUAUUUGCUCCUCUUUAACAUUGUUACUGUAAUGCUUAAAGCUU